AUGGCAUCUCCGGUAAUGGCAUCUCAAGUCAUGGCAUCUCACCUUUCGGACGCGAUGGCUCGCAAGCAGGAAGAGUUUUAUAUCCUCGAUCACGACGCCAUCCUCUCGGACUUAAGGAAGAAGCGCGUCAUCAAGCAAUGGGAGUACACGAAAUACAUGGAGGAAAGAGACGUGAGGGAGAUGGUCAUCUUCCUGGUGGACAUCAUACCCAAGAGGGGGAUCCAGGCCUUCAAGGCGUUCCUGGAGUCCUUGCACCUGCGAGGGCAUGUCAAUCUGGCACAAACGCUCCAGGAUGGUUCUAGGUUCUCCCUGAACUUCUCCACCUCCAUCUACCUGGCUGAUCGACCAGGUGGACAUCGCUCCAACAGGUGGAAGUUCGCCCAAGGGGACAUCUACCAGGUUCCGAUUCUACCUGCCAGGUAGGCUUUCGCUGCAUCAACCUCGAAUGAUGUGGUCUCUCAUCAAGAGCAGCAACCUCCCCUCCGAGAGCAGCAACCUCCCCUCCGAGAGCAGCAACCUCCCCUCCGAGAGCAGCAACCGCUCCACCAACUGUCUCCGAUGCACGGAGUGUCUGCGGGAGAAGACUCAGAGGACCCAUCCGGGAUUACCAGUGCCGUUCCGAGUUCAAUGCGAGACAUCCUGCAGGCGAAUAGGGGAUCCCUGACGGCCUUGGACUUUCAGGUCGAGACGGUCGCAUCUGGCCUGAUGGAAUCGGGCGUGUUCUCGCAGAGGGAUUUGGAAGCGAUCAUGACACCAAGAGCGCGGGGGGAGAGGGUCCGUGUCCAUUACUUGAAGUUGGAGGCUAGGAUCAAUCCCGGGAAUUUUAAGCAGUUCCUGGCAGUACUUGAACAGGCUGGACGGAGCGACAUAUCCGCAAAACUUCGGCCGCUAAUGGGAACCCUCAAUGAAGGCAGCAGAGACUUCGCUAUGGCCAUGCUGAGCGAGAAGAUUUAUGAUGAAGACAUUGGGAAGAUCGCUGGAGAACUACGAAAGCACAAAAUAAAGAGGAAUUCCCUCGGGGCAAGGUUGGGACUUUGCGAAGACGAACUCAACGCCAUCAAGGGAAAGAGCAAUAGUCCACAGAGAAGGAUGUUUCUCCUCCUGAGGAAAUGGAACUCCUCGUCGUCCGAGAAUCAACCCGCCACGUUUGGAGCGCUUUAUCAAGCCCUGGCAGACGAGGCCGAGAAGAAAGUGGCGGACCUCAUAGUUGAGCAUCUGUGCAAGAAAAAAUGCAAUGAAGUCAAGCAGGGCAUACGAUGA